AUUUAUUUUAUUUUAGGUAAAUUUUUAUAAUUUAUAUUUUUGCUGCGAUACCUUUCGUCAAGUUUUCUUCUUCACAUAGCUUCGAACACACAGUAGUAGAGAGCUUGGAAUGAUGAAGCUAUUUCCAUGGCGUCGUUUAACCACUCAAGCAAAUGGUACCCUCUAUUCCAAAACUCCCUCUUUAUCAUUCUUCAAUUUUUCCCCUUCUCUAUUCCAUUCUCAACCUGAGCUAGAAGAUAUCUUCGACCCACCAUUUUCCUCCACCUUAAAACCCCAUAAACCCAAGAAAAAUAUAACAGAAAAGCUUGAAAAGACUGCAUCUAAUGAAGGUUGUGAAAAGGCCCACAACUUUACUGUCAAUUCCGAUUUACCCUUUGAUUUUCGCUACUCUUACUCUGAGACCAACCCAGCGGUUGAGCCAAUUGGUUUCCGUGAACCACCGCGGUUUUCUCCGUUUGGACCGGGACGUCUUGAUAGAAAAUGGACCGGGACUUCAGCUCCGCGUUUACAGCCGGUGGAUUUGGAGAAAGUGGCUGAGGAACGGCGGCGGAUCCUCGGAGAACCGCUCUCAGAGGAGGAAACGGCGGAGCUGGUGGAGAAGUAUCGUCACAACGAUUGCUCUCGUCAAAUGAAUUUGGGGCGGGGUGGAGUGACUCACAAUAUGCUGGAAGAUAUCCAUAACUAUUGGAAGAGGGCUGAAGCUAUAAGGAUUAAGUGCUUGGGGGUGCCAACUCUUGACAUGGAUAACGUAUGCUCCCAUCUCGAGGACAAAUCAGGUGGAAGAGUUAUGUAUCGCCAUAUUAAUAUCUUACUCUUAUAUCGUGGUCGAAAUUAUGAUCCCAAAAGUAGACCUACUGUUCCUGUGAUGCUGUGGAAGCCUUUGGCUCCAAUAUAUCCAAAGCUUGUGAAGAAUGUUGCUGAUGGCCUGACUUUUGAAGAAACGAAGGCAAUGAGGAAUAAAGGGCUCAAUGCUCCUCCUUUAACGAAACUCAGCAGAAAUGGGGUGUAUGUGAAUGUGGUGAACAAAGUCAGAGCGGCUUUUGAAACAGAAGAAGUUGUUAGAUUAGAUUGUAUCCACGUGGGAACAAGUGACUGCAAAAGAAUCGGUGUUAAAUUACGGGAUCUGGUACCAUGUGUUCCUAUCUUGUUCAAAGAUGAGCAGAUUAUUCUCUGGAGAGGCAAAAAAGAUGAACAGAACUCCGGCUCCUGAAUGGAACUUAAGCUCACAAAUGUGUUCUGAAAUUUCGAUCUUUCAUCUCAGAGCAAGGCAUUCACAUCAUUUGGCAAAUGAAACUACCUAGGCUUCUUGAAUGUUGCUUGAACUUGUUAUAGAAGAACUGACCAUUAUGUUCAAUGGCAGCUCAGGUUACACCUUACUCACGGAUUCCAAAGAAAUGCAAGCAGGGACUAGUGGUUGCUAUUAAUGCAAUACCAGUGCUCUCUCAGUAGGUGAACUAGUUUCUGAAAUCCUGUAGUUGAUAGACUGCUACUCGUGUUGCAUGUGAUGUUCACACUAAAGCUUCUGAAUUAUAGAUGUUUUCUAUAGAGCAAUUUAGUAAAAGAAACAAUGUUGAGUGAAACUAUUCUUUCCUGUGUUUUUGACAUUCAGUCUGAGCAACAACCGACAUUACCUCUUUAUCGAUUAUCCAAUGUUCCUUUUUCUGUUUG